CGGAGUUAACCAUGGCCUUCACUGACGCAAAAGUUCCAAAACUCUCUUAGAAUCCUUGUAAAAGCUAAUGGGCAUGCCUGACUCUCCUCCUCUUGUACAGAUGCCUCCAGCUUGGAGGAGAGCUGAAGAUGAAGGACAGAUUAGAGGAGCUGAAGAACCGAGUGAAUGAAGACGCAGAUGCUUGGGAUCUGGACUCGACUCUUUCCUUCAACAACCCCAUUUUCAAGGAAGAGGAAGGCAAUCUCAUGAGCAAAGUGUUCCAGGAAAUCACCAGCCUCUCCUUAGCUCUGGAUAAGCUGGAAGAGUUAUCGGAGAACAUUGACAAGAAGCAACAGCAGGUACUGUGCUGUACUACGGAGGAAAGCAUUUGCGAACAGAAGAAAGAGCUUGGUAAGGUUAAAGACUUUUUCACCAGUGAGGCCAAAACCCUUCAGCCAAAGCUCAAUGACAUCCAAGAGUCCCUCACCAGAGACAGCCGGCAAUGGCUGGCCAUCCACCGCAUCCGCCAUAACCAGCUCUCUGUCCUGAUCAACCGUUAUCGCGAGAUCAUCACCCACCAUUAUGCCAAGGAGACCCAGUACGUUGAGAAGCUGAAGGAGCAAAUCAGGAGACAAACAGAACUGGCUGGCUUGAGUCUCCAGGAGGAGGACAUCAAACGCCUGGUGGAGAGCCCUGUGGCACCGCGCAUCGUGGGCCAAGACUUGGAAGUGCUCAAAGCCAAGCAACACCUGGCCAUGGCACAAGUGCGCCACCAACAGCUGCUUGACUUGGAGGCCCAGAUCAGUGAGCUGCACUCCCUCUUCAUGCACUUUGAGGUCCUGGUGGCUGAACAGGGGGAGACCAUCAACAGCAUUGAGUACAAUGUCCUCCAUACCCUCGAUUACAUCUCCCAGUCAAACGAGGAGGUCAAGAAAGCCCUCAAAUACGAGCGGCAGUCGCGUUUUUCUGCGGCAUUGUCAGCAUUACUCAGCCUCUGUGCCUGCUGCACAUGCAUUUCAUGCCUGGCAACUUCAAGUGUGGUGCAUUGACUCAAAAGUUGGGAGGUGGGCAUUUCCUCUGAAGGGAAAAAGCACUGGCAGAUAGCACUGCAGAGCAUUUGAUUUACACAUCAAUGCAGGUCAGUCCAGGGUGAAUGGACGUCUUUGGGGCAGAUGCAUCCAGAAAGACUGUACAAUGCACUCCUGUGUUGACAGAGAUUGUCAAGUGUUUUGUUCUGUUUUUAAGAACAUAGGAAGAGGUUUUCUAGGUCAGAUUAUUUUUGCCUAGUAUCCUAUUUCUGACAAUGCACAGCCAAAGCCCUAUGUAGGCCAUGGAGGUGACACAUCUCUCCAUUUGGGCAUUUCUAAUGGCUGUUAUACAGUGUCUUGUAUAUGUCUGGAGGUUCCAUUCAGCUAGUUGUGACUAAAAGCAAUAGAUAGACCUUACUUGCAGUGGAGGAUUCAACAUAUGUUUCAGGUGGUCACCAUCCAGCUCCAAAAAAAGUACAUGCUUGCAGACACUGUCUCAUUUUUUAUGCCUUUGUCUGUUCCAAAACAGACUUUGCUUGGGAAACACAGGGCUAGUCCUGCCAUCCAGCAAGGAAAAGGACAUGCUUAGGGUACUACAGUAUUCUGAUUUGGGUGGGCAGGAUUCUACAUUGAUUCUGAAGGAUUCAUCAGAAGGUUUUAAUAUUUUGGAUCUAAGAGUGGGCUGCAGAAUACGAUGUGGGUUUCAGUUUAGCCAACAAAAUAUCUAGGGUUGACGUAGCUGACUUCUAGCUUCGGUUAAACUCUACACAUUACUAUAGAGAGUAUGCUUGUAGCAGCUUUGAGAAAGAUGUUUGUAGCAUAAGCUUCCAUAGACUCAGUCUAUUUCAUAUUAGAUACAUCUAAUGAACUAUACUGAGUUUAUGAAAUGCAUCUAUUAAAGUUUACUGAGUCUACAAAAGCAUAUGCUAUUACAAAGUAAUAAUGAUAAUAAUAAAUUCUUAUUAUACAGAACAAAACCUCUUUCUCCCAGUCUCAAAGGUGCUAAAAGAUCCCUUUGUAUACUGAUGCGGAUUGACAUUGCCAUGCCUUUAAUUCUGGGAAUUACUGUAAUUCAGGCUGCUCCAAAGAAUGCACUUGUAAUCUGGGAUCAAACUUUGUUCUAUUUUUCCUCCCCCGGCCUUAGCCUUUCUUUUCUUCUCCUUAUUACUAUUUUUGCAAGGAAUUGCUGCUAAUUCUUGCGGUUUGUGUCCCUGUAGUUUUAAUCCAUGUCCACAUGAACAAAGAGAGGGGGCUGUUUUUCCAAUCAAAGACGAGGUUAUUGUACCAUUAAAGGAAAAGCAAAAACACCCAAGAACUCCACAACCAUGAUUCAGAUUGCUCUUCCUCUUAUCGGGAAUACUAUACUGUAUGAAUUAAGGGUGUCAACGUUUACAUUAUCUAUCUCUGUGUAAAUAUAGAGAUAUCCCGCAUCUUUUGGUCUCCUGUUACACAAGGAUACACACAGGUCUUCUCCGCUGAGUUUGUAUUUUCAUAGUGUGAGGGCGGAGGUGGGAUAAUGACCCCAUACCUUCCAACCAUCUUCUAUUCGAAAAGGGAGAGUCCCAAUUUAUCCUGUGCCCUUCCACCUUUUAAGCUCCUUUUAAAAUGUCCUCCUCUUCCCACUUUGCCUCUUUGUCCUCAGCUUACUUCAAUUGCUGCAAACUGAGUUCAAAGUGCAAAGGUGGUUUGCACUCAGUUGGCUCAGCAAAGGAAGAGGAAUGGGAGGAAACCUGCCCUUCCCAGUGGACUCAGGCAAAAGCAAACUGCUACAGACUCUUCUGCUUUAUUGUAAUAUGUUUUUCCAUCUCAACCAUGCUCUGACGUUACUUGGCACCAUGUGUCCUGGUUUUCACCCAUGAAAUGUUUGAGAGCAUGCCACCUUUACCCCAGCCCUAAAGGAGAACUGCAGCUAAAGUCAGAAGCAGCGAGGAAACAUGGUUGGAGAUGAAGUGGAUGAUGUCUUCUCCUUCCCAAUGGGCUCAGACAAAAGUAAACCGUGGCAACCUCUCCUUGCUUGUGUGUUCUUCCUUAUUUAUAACGUCUGUGAUGUUGACCAUAUUUUCAUUCAUGUCCUGGUUUUCACCUGUGAAAUGUUGGAGAUACUGUAAGACUGUGACAGUUCAAUUCUAUAUUAAUGCUCACCUUUUGUAUGGUUUUCCUUGUAUUGUUCUUAGACUCUGUACUGCUUUGAGUCCCAAUUUUGGGGGAAAGGCAGGUAAUAACAACAACAACAACAACAACAACAA